GGGUGGACUGACCCAUGACUUGUCGCCCCUCUCCUCUCUCUCCCUCGGUGCGGCAACCACAUCUCAGUUCUCAGACCAUUUCUUAUGGCCCUUGCCUCUCUCUGGUCUCUCCAGGGUCCCACAAGUCACUGUCAUGUUUCCUCGCUAGCACAGUUCGCUUUCUCUUGGUCUCGCGCACAGCCGGUGCACCAGACGCACCUAUGUCCUGGGACCCAGGCUCUGCUGCCGUUGGCCGGAAGCCUCUGCGCCGCCCCUUCCCAGCGCCGCCAGCCUUAUCUCUGCGCACAGGGGGUUCUGGGGAGUGGCGGGCGCCGUGAGGGAGCCGACGGCAUGGGCCGGGGGCCCCGGGGUACGCUCGGCUCGCCUAGCCGCCGGUUGCAGCGGCUGCUGGGGCUUAUGCUGCUGCUCGGCCUGGCCUGCGGCGUUAGCAGAGAACCCGGCACCGACGAUUUAGACGUCUGUGCCACUUGCCACGAACAUGCCACAUGCCAGCAAAAGGAAGGGACGUGGAUCUGCAUCUGCAACUAUGGGUUCUGGGGCAACGGGAGGACACGGUGUGUUGACAAAGACGAGUGCCAAUUUGGAGACACUGUGAUCUGUGGGAACCACACAUCCUGCCACAACACACUUGGAGGGUUCUACUGCAUUUGCCACAGAGGCUACCGGGCCACAAACAACAACGAGACCUUCAUUCCCAAUGAUGGCACUCUCUGUGCAGACAUAGAUGAGUGUGAAGUUUCUGGCCUGUGCAGGCAUGGAGGUCAGUGUGUCAACACUCCUGGGAGCUUUGAAUGCUACUGCAUGGAAGGGUACCUUGCAAAGAACGGGCCUGAGCCUUUCCAGCCAAGCACGGAUGCCACCUCAUGCACAGAAAUAGACUGUGGCAUCCCACCUGAAGUCCCUGGAGGCUACAUCCUAGGGAACUACAGCUCCACGCUGGGUGGCCAGGUCCAAUACAGCUGCAAAGAAGGGUUUCUCAGAGUCUCAGGAGACAGCGUUUCACACUGCACAGCCCUGGGCCUGUGGGAAUCUCCAACGUUACAUUGCCAAGAGAUCAGCUGUGGCUGUCCUCCUGAAGUGCGGAACGCCAUCUUGGUGGCGAAUCACAGCUCCAGGCAGGGUAGUGUGGCUCACUAUGUCUGUCAGGAGGGCUUUGAGAGUCCUGGAGGAAAGAUCACGUCUGUUUGCACAGAGAAGGGCUCCUGGAGUGAGGUCACUUAUGCAUGCACAGAGAUUAUGAUAGAAAUUCACAACGUGUCUGUGUUUAACGACUCCUGUGUGAGGUGGCAAAUAAGCCCAGAGAGGGUAAACUUCCAGAUCACGUACACAGUCCACGUUGAGAGACAGCAACCAGAGGCUGUGGCGGCAGUUCACGAGGCGACAAUCAAUGUGACCACAGAGAGCAGGACCCCAGAGGUGUGCCUCCACCUCCGACAAGGCGCCAAUUACACCGUGAGCAUUUCUGCAGCCUUUCCCAGGCGCUCUGCGCCCACGAGCUUUGGAUUCCAGAUGGCUGAAGAUGAUCUCUUAGAAGAUGAUGGAAUUUUCAAUAUUUCAGUAUUUAAUGAAACCUGUUUGAAGUUGAACAGGCAUUCUAGGAAAGUUGGAUCAGAACAAAUGUACCAAGUGAAGGUUCUGGGUCAGAGGUGGUAUCUACAGAGCUUUUACCACGCUACUUUCUUUAACUUCACAACAAGAGACCGAGUUCCAGAAGUGUGUUUAGAUCUGUACCCGGCCACUGAUUACACGAUAAACAUCACCCUUCUGCAGCCCACUCAGCCACAUUCUGUGCAAACAACCAUAACAACCACAGUAUCAGCAAACCAGAUCAUCACUAAUAUUUCAAUAUACAACGAAACCUGCCUGAGAUGGAGAGCCCUGAAGACAGCCAGUGUAGAAGAGAUGUACUUGUUCCACGUUUGGGGCCAGAGAUGGUAUCAGAAAGCAUUUGUCCAGGAAAUGGUCUUUAACACCACAAGCAGCAGCCAGGCCCCUGAGAUAUGCCUAGACCUGCAUCCAGGUACCAGCUACAAUGUUAGCCUUCAGGCGUUGUCUUCAGCACUUCCUGUGGUCAUCUCCCUGACAACCCAGAUAACAGAGCCCCCACUUCCAGAGGUAGAGUUCUUCUCUGUGUAUGGAAGGCCUCUGCCACGCUUCAGGCUGAGGAGAGCCAAGGAGAUAGAUGGACCUAUCAGUUCAUAUCAGGUGUUGGUCCUUCCCUUGUCCUCUCAAAGCACCUUUUCUUGUGAUUUGGAAGGCAUGACUUCAUUUUUUGGCAAUGCCUCUCCUGCUGAUGGAUAUGUGGCUGCAGAAAUCCUGGCCAGCGAUGUUCCAGAUGACACACUGGAGUUAUCUAUUGGAGACAGACUGUACUAUGGGGAAUAUUACAAUGCGCCUUUGAAAACAGGAAGUGAUUACUGCAUUCUCUUACGGAUCACAAGGGAAUGGAAUAAGGAAAGAAAAUAUUCCUGUGCCAUCUGGGCUGAGGUGAAAGAUUCGUCACUCACGCCACGGCAGAUGGUGGGUGUCGGCCUGGGCUCCGCGGCUUUCGUGACCAUUCUUGCAUUCCUCUCCUUCUCAGCAGUGUGGUAUGUGAGGCUGUGGAGUGACGGCUGGUGGGCACUGCAUGGCAAGACUGACUUGAUGACGGACAGAUGUUCUGACAGCGUCCCAGGUGCCUCUACUGUGUGGCGCCCAUCCUGA